AUGUCAACACCAAAGCCGUCGUUGGAAGAACGGUCGCUCAAUCAUCAACUUGUUCUCGACGAAGAUGAAUACACAGCUGCUCUUUCCAAGAUUAUCGCCCGGGAUUUUUUCCCUUCUUUGGUCCAUCUGGACGCAACGAACGACUACCUGGACGCUCUGCACUCUCAAGAUCCCCACUUGAUUAAUGCCUCAGUUCUUCGUCUCGAGGAAAUAAGUGCCACCCCGCUGAAUUCCACAAAACGCAGAGCCCCAUAUCAGACUCCCUCGCAGACGCCUUUUGGUGGUGGCCCAUCCCAAACUCCGGUACGAACACCAAGGGGCGAACCGCCAAACAAGCGGCCGAAAUAUGACACUGAAUUGAGUCUGGAUGCAUUCCAAGCUCGAUACACUUCCGAGGACAAUUCAAGUUUUACUCAAAUACUGGACGAGGAGAACAGAACGCGAAAGGAAAAGUGGGGCUGGGCAUGGGAGGCACAAAGGCGCGUGGAAGCGCAACAGGAACGUUUAGUGGAACACAGGGAGAAAAUGCUUAUUGAGGCACCUCCCGUACCCGGAGUGAGAGAGAAGUUUAUGAUUGAGACACCAACACCAGCAGGCCUAUUGACAGACGGCACUGAAACGGAUAAAGGGGCAGAAGAAGAUAUCGAGAAGGAUACGGGCAAGGAAUUAAUCUUAGCGGAUAAUGAGGAAGAGCCACAGGGAGAGCAGGUCGAUGUGAUGGCUCCAAAGAAAGAUACUCGCUCAGCAGGCGUAGAUGGUUGGACAUUCAAGGCUCGAAACUCCUUGAUGUUUCCUCCAGACGCAGAUGUCUCUCCAUAUCAUCAACCGCUGUCAUCUGCCCCGAGUCACCCCAAAGUCAUCAAAUAUGGCAAUACACGACUCCAAGAACACGAACACGAAAUCUCGACUCCUCGUUCGUCGGCCCCUCCAAGCCCGACACACAGUCGAAUCAAAGCAGCGAUCACCGGCACUCCGUAUCACCCCAGUUUGCCUACCGCAAAGGGGUUCCCUCUUGUGCCCACCCUUCCUUCACCCACCCCAUCUGAACUUGGGCCAGCCGCCAUGAAGCAACUAAUGACAUGGGGUACGCUAGAUGCAACUCCUCGCAUCAUAUCCCAGGGCGAAGAUCCACUCCCAGCUCCCAGUACACCUUUCCACCUUCCUGAGAUAUCCUCUCGGGAAGCUAUUUCCCAUAGGUUGUCGAAUAAUGCGUCCAAAAGCUUACGCGCAAAGGCUGGUUUGUUAGGCUUGGGACAACAUGGACGCCCUCCAGGAAUCUCAGUUGCUACUAGGAAGGGCAAUAUGCCGCCCCCUUCAUGGACGCCUCGACGAUCGGAAGCGGCAGGGAAUCUGACUCCAGCUGCGAGGAGGCUUUUAGAACGGAGCACAAUGGGUGCUGCAGCUGCGAAACGAGCCGAGGCCAUGGAGAGAGUGGCUGACUGGCACGGACGUGCAGGAAAGGAGAGGGAACUGAACCGUGUUCGAUGGACACCUACUCCCAGUCCCGUUUCUCGGCGAUAA